AUGGUGGAUAUUAAUAUCUCUGAGCACUUCAGAGAAGGAGUCGAGAAGUGUGUGCUCUGGUCAACCAACACCACUCAGCAAAUAGACUUAGCGCUAAAUAUAUUUUUUAUGGUCUACUUUUUUAUACGUUUUAUAGCUGCAAGUGACAAAUUGUGGUUCAUGCUAGAGUUAUAUUCCUUCGUGGAUUACUUCACCAUUCCGCCUUCCUUUGUGUCGAUUUAUCUUGAUCGCACGUGGAUAGGUCUGCGGUUUCUGAGGGCCCUACGUCUGAUGUCAGUUCCUGAUAUACUGCAGUACUUGAACAUACUUAAGACGAGCAGCUCUAUCAGGCUGGCUCAGCUGAUAGCAACAGUCAUAAGUGUUUGGCUCACUGCCGCUGGAAUUAUACAUUUGUUGGAGAACUCUGGCGAUCCUCUUGAUUUCGACAACAUCCACAAUUUAUCAUAUUGGGAAUGUGUUUACUUUUUGAUCGUCACUAUGUCCACUGUCGGCUACGGAGACAUCUUCUGUAAAACUACGCUAGGAAGGGUGUUCAUCGUGUUUUUCAUCCUAGUUGGUCUGGUAAGGAAAACAGAAUAA